AGUGAAAGUUGGACUCGGGCUGGUGUGGAUUGAACUUUUACACGGUUUUUUCAGACACACACACACACACACACACACACACACACACACACACACACAUGGUGCGGUGCUGGUGUGAACUUGAUGUGACCCAGUGAUGAAGAUCCAUGGUAAAAUUCUGCAGCAUUACCUCGUCUCCUCUGGUGCACCUGAUAAAGAAGGUUACCUCUACAAAAAGGGUGAGGUGAAUAAAUCGUACCAGAAGCGCUGGUUCACCCUGAAGGGAAACCUGCUGUUCUACCGGGAGCGCCGGAGCGAGCGCGAGGUCCUGGGCGUCAUCGUACUGGAACGCUGCACCGUCCAGCUCUGCGACUCCGACGAGGAUUUCGCCUUCUCCAUUUCUUUCUACAGUGACUCGGAGGAAGCGGCCGACCUGCGGACGUACAAGUUCGCGGCCGAGGACCAGGCGAGUCAGGAGAGCUGGGUCAAAGCUUUACACUCGGCCCACCACGGCUUCCUAGCCCUGCUCGUCCAAGACCUGCACCAACAAUACCUCGACGCAGCCGUGAGAGCUGGAGUCGACCCGGUGGACCGCUUGUCAUCCACAGACACCGUCCAUCACGUCCAGAGUGCUCAGAAAUGUCCAGGUACAAGCUCGGUCUUCUACACGCAGUCCGACACUAACCGGGAGCUUCUGGCCUCGCCUCCCGUCGGCAGGCAGAUGGGCAGACGGUCGCCCAUACCCCGGCUCAGACGCCACGCCCACAACCCGACCCCGCAACCCGGGGAGUGGGCGGAGCCUCUGGAGGACUUCAGCCAAAUGCACGAGCACUUCGGGCAGGAGGUGAGACAAAUGGUGGCUGAAUGGCGGAGGAGGAGAGCGGAGAACACGCCGACGGUGGAGGAUCUGAUCGAUCUGGGAUGAGCGGGGCGUGGUAGCGCUGGUUCUGUAUGUGUAGCGCUGAUCUAGUCUUUAUAUUUAUGACGUGUUGUAGAGAAGAUAUUCGUCCCCUUUCUGAUUUGCUCUGUUUCUGCAUUUUUGUUGCACUGAAAGAUUUCAGAUCACUAAACAAAACUCUCGAUGUUUCAUGAGACUUUAUUUCAUUUAAAGAACUAAGUCAGCCAACUCCUAUAUAACCCUUGUGAAAAAGUAAUUGCACCCGCCUGUGUUUUGUUUAAGUGUUGUUUUUUACCAGAAGUACAUCGAUGAUCAAUCAAUCAAAUAAAAUGUAAAAAACAAGCACAGGCCAACAUACUGCUCACUCUUUUCUUAAAGACCCACCAACACACCUCUCAGCAGUGGUCAGUUUAUCUGAAUGAAAGAUUUUUAAUGGUUUCACUAGAAAGGAGGGUUUUUAAAUUUAAGCGCACUAAUACGUCUGCAACUGCAGCAGCGUUCAUAAACAGCCUACCCUACCGGAAUCAUCAAUUCUGCCCCCAUCAGAGCCUAAAGAGCUCGAUCAGGCAACUCUACAUUGUACAAGGAAUUUCUCUUGCAGGUGCAGGUGUCAACAUAUAUACAUCCAAUUACAAGCCCAAAUCAGAAAAAGUUGGGACAGCAUGGAAAAUGGAAAUAAAACAAA